AAAGGGAAACAAAACCUUUGCUCAUAUCUUAUAUCAACUUAUGUAUUGUCUUCAGUUACCCGAAAUCUGAAGCAAAUAUUUGAAUCUCAUGGACCUCUGUUGGUGUUUCCUCUACGGUUUCCUAUUUCUGAGCUACCCAAAGCUCACUUUAUGUAAUCCAGAUGGUUUUUGGAGUUUAUCAUGCGGUGGAGCUACUAACUUUGUCGAUUCAUCCAACAUUUCAUGGGUAUCAGACUACACUUAUAUCAGCAAAGGCAACACGACUAUGGUUGAUUUCAAUAAUAAUAAUGUCACCUCCUCGACCUCUAUUCGGUUUUUCCCAGAUCCUAAAAGUCGAAAGUGCUAUAUGUUACCAAUGAACUACACAUCUUCAUCCUUGAUCCUUAUUCGGGCUAAUUUCGUGUAUAAAAAUUAUGAUGGGCUUCAGCAGCCACCGUUGUUCUUUGUGUCUCUAGGAACAGCCAUUGCUGCUAACAUCAACCUAUCGUUUAAAGAUCCAUGGAUUGAAGAGUUUGUGUGGCAACCAAACAACAAAGACGAGCUUUCACUAUGCCUAAUCUCUAUUCCAAAUAGUGGGUUCCCAGUCAUUUCUUCCAUUGAGAUGCGGCCGAUCCCUCAAGGAGCUUACUAUAGUGGGAUGGAAGACUUUGCAAACAAGUUGCUUAGGAAACGCUACCGGAUCAACUGUGGUUACAGUAAUGGCUCUAUUCGGUAUCCUCUAGAUCAAUAUGAUAGAAUCUGGGAUCCUGAUCAAGACUUUUCGCCGUUUCAUACGUCAACUGGAUUCAAGACCCUGGGUACUUUCAAUACUUGGGGUUUAAAAGAAAGUCCUCCUCUACCAGUUUUACAAACAGGGAGAGUUUUGGCUAGAAGGGAAGGACUGAGUUACAAUUUCACCCUCGAGAAUCUAGGAGAUUAUUAUGUUGUUCUAUAUUUUGCUGGGAUUCUUCCUGUUUCACCUACAUUUGAUAUUUUGAUUAAUGGGGAAGUUGUUGAAUCAAACUAUAGUGUAAAAAGCUGGGAAGUUGGGAGCUUAUAUUUCUUAAGGAAAGGAAUCACGAGUUUGAAUGUUACUUUUAAAGAUAUUAGCUUCUACCCUUUUGUGAAUGCAUUUGAGGUGUAUGAGAUCGUUAACGUACCUCCAGAAUCCUCCACAACAGUAGUUUCAGCACUUCAAGUAAUUCAGCAGUCCACAGGGUUGGAUCUUGAAUGGGAAGAUGAUCCAUGCUCUCCAACACCCUGGGAACACAUACAAUGCGAAGGAAAUUCAGUCAUCACAUUGGAACUAUUUGAUAUCGACUUGAGGUCAAUCAGUCCUACAUUUGGAGACCUAUUCGAUCUAAAAACAUUAGAUCUGCAUAAUACAUCACUUGCAGGAGAAAUAGAAAGCCUGGGAAGUUUAAAGAACCUCGAAAAUCUGAACUUGAGUUUUAACAAGCUGACAUCUUUUGGCACUGAUCUGGAUAGCUUAAUCAGCCUUCAAGUUUUAGAUCUGAAAAAUAACAGUUUAGAAGGUUUAGUUCCUGAAAGUUUCGGAGCCAUGACGAAUCUUCACCUAUUGAUUUUGGAAAACAAUCAGUUACAAGGCACACUCCCAAAGGCAUUGAACAAAGAUAGUCUUGAAAUAAGAACCUCAGGAAAUCAGUGUCUUGGCUUCUCCCUGUCAAAAUGUUAUGAUGCUACAGCCAAUGCUUCAAUUGAUGCACCAAAAGUCUCGGUAUUUGACAAGAAGAAGCAAAAACUUCAUAGUCAUUUAGCAGUUGUACUUGGUGCAGUUGGAGGCUUGCUUCUUGUUCUUUCUGUUGUAUCUGCUACAGUUUUCUUGUACGUGAGAAGAAACAGAGCAGAGUGUAAACACAGUGAUGGUGCACUAACUGACCUACAGAUGACUAACUGUAAUGCAGCAAAAGCCUUUUCUUACAGAGAAAUCAAAGCAGCCACUCGAAACUUUAAGCAGGCUUUAGGCCGUGGCAGCUUUGGGUCAGUAUACCUCGGAAAGCUUUUUGAUGGCAAACUAGUAGCAGUUAAAGUCCGGUUUGAUAAAUCACAGCUUGGGGCUGAUUCAUUCGUCAAUGAGGUUUCUCUUCUGUCUUCAAUUCAUCACCAAAACCUUGUAUCGUUGGAAGGAUAUUGUAAUGAAUCAAAACAACAGAUACUAGUUUAUGAAUAUCUAUCUGGUGGAUCAUUGACUGAUAACCUCUAUGGAGCAAAUAGCAAAAAAAUACAACUAAGUUGGGUCCGUAGACUCAAGAUUGCCAUUGAUGCUGCAAAAGGUUUGGACCACCUGCACAAUGCCAGUGAACCACGGAUCAUUCACCGUGAUGUAAAGUCCAGCAAUAUACUGUUAGAUGGAGAUUUGAAUGCUAAGGUUUGUGACUUUGGCCUAUCAAAGCAAGUAAUUCAGGCAGAUGCGAGUCAUGUGACCACCAUGGUGAAGGGCACUGCAGGCUAUCUUGAUCCCGAAUACUAUACCACCCAACAAUUGACUGAAAAGAGUGAUGUUUAUAGUUUUGGAGUUGUUAUUUUAGAGCUCAUAUGUGGCAGAGCGCCAUUAAGGAGAGUCGGAUCCCCAGACUCGUUUAACUUGGUUUUAUGGGCGAAACCCUACUUGCAGGCGGGGGCAUUUGAGAUAGUGGACGAGAGCUUACAGGGAACAUACGAUGAGGAGAGCAUGAGAAAAGCAGCUGAAAUUGCUUCGAGGGCUGUAGAUAGAGAUGCAUCACAGAGGCCAAAUAUUGCUGAAGUACUUGUUGUUCUCAAGGAAUCCUACAGCAUCCAACUAUCUUAUCUUGCAACUGUAGGAAUUUCAAAUUGAGAAAGAAGAGGCAACUAGAAAGAUUAAUCUUGUAGAAAAUCGUCUAUUAUUUAUUGGAAAUAUAUCUUAUUACUUGACGACAA